AUGGGUAUCUGGUGUUUCAUAAUUCUUUCAGUGAUCAUUGGAGCUGUGGCAAACGAAGGCACUCAUCCAAAUAAUCAAACUGUUGCUUUAAAAGAAGUCACGACUGCACCCAAACCACAAAUUCCAAAGCGAGUUGAGCUGUUGUCACAUACUUUGAGCGACAAAAUAAAAGUGUUCAACGAUCGGGUCAAUGAAAUGAACAGUGAUAUGGGCAGUAUUUUACUUGCACUAAGUAAAUCGAAAGGUUCAUACAUGGAUGAACUGAUGCAGCAUGAAAGUUUGAGCUGUAAAUACAUUUCAUCGUGUAUCACUAAAAGUUUAACGGAAAUGAACAAAGAAACGAACGAAAUGUUUCAUAUCACUCACAAAUUGUUGGAAAAGUUUGAGGACAAACUGCAGCGCUUCUCAACGUCAACUACACAGCGGAUGGUCAAUCUAGAACAGAAGCUAGAUCGACUUCCAGAAAUGGAACGAGUGUACUUCAUGCGACCGGAUCCAUCCAAAGACAUAACUUUUGCAGUAUCUCGCGACUGGACGAAUAAUCAUGGAUUCGGAGGCAACUGGACUGUUUUCCAGCGACGGAUCAACGGUUUGGUCAGUUUCUCUCGCAACUGGUCUGGGUAUAAGCAAGGAUUUGGUGAUCUACGCGGUGAACACUGGCUAGGGUUGGAUAAGCUGCACGCGAUCGUGAAAACUCGACAGCACGAGCUGCUCAUCGUGUUGGAAGACUUUUUCGGUGUUAUUGCGUAUGCACAUUACGAUGAUUUUCAAAUUGGAAAUGAAAGUGAGAAAUACAUCAUAAAAUCGGUCGGUAAAUACACCGGUACGGCGGGUGAUUCGUUCACACAUCACAAGGACGAAUUAUUUACAACAUAUGAUCAAGACAAUGAUAACUCUAAUGCCAACUGUGCCGAAAAGUUUGGUGGCGGAUGGUGGUUUUAUGACUGUUAUCAGAGUCAUCUCAAUGGAAUAUAUGUAAAUGGAAAACAUAUUUUACAAGAUGGUAUUGAAUGGAGAACAUUUCGAGGACUAUCUUCCCUGAAGAGCACCAAAAUGAUGGUGCGACCUGCUGAGUAA